AUGCAAGCAAAUGUUGGGGGUGAAUAUGCUGCAGACUGGCUCAACAUACCUCGAUCCAAUGGAAGCAGCAGCUUCGGGUAUCCGGGCCAACGUGAAGAUCAUGUAUCAAGUCACGGCGAUGAGGCACUAGCUGGGCAUACACCGGCUUCGCAGGCGGGGAAACUGGUACAAUUCCUCCACGCCUUCCAGCAUCUCUACGAACUGCGGAAGAGUGCUCUGACACUGAGGCUUCGCACCAGGGAUGAAAGAAACAAGGUGAAAGCGAGUGCAAGGCGCCUGCAAGAUAUAACGCGAAGGCUGAUUCGAGACAUCAAACUUCAACACGAUGUAACAGCAGACUUGCAGGCCCUGCAAGAAGUCAUUGAGAAAAUGGAUGCGCAGUAUAUGGAUCACGAUAGGUUCGAGAGCGAUCUGAUACCAGCCGAGUGGAAGCUCAAGGAAGUCGAGAAGAACUUGUACGAGGACGUGAGGGGGGAGCCUUUUUUGGAUCCCGAAUGGUCUGAUAGCGAUGGACGGUCAUCGCCCAAGGUCCUGCCUGAACUAUCAUCAUAUGGGAUCACCAUGACCAUGACGACAAACCCACCUCAGACCAGGGGUCGUCUGGAGGAUGAGGUGGCAGCUCUCAAGGCCUUGGAACAGGAAAUGGCUCUCCAUCUUGAACGACUGGAGAGUGAAUAUGAGGAAAUUGCAGAAGACGCCAAGAUGCGGGCUGAGGCUGGUAUGCCAGUGACCGCGUUGUCGCAAGACUUCCUCUCCAGGUAUGGUCAACGGCGCAGAGAGUUAUUGGACCGCCUCGCUUUGAUAUCCGAGGAGAUACGUGCCAUUGAAUUUCAACCUUUCGCCACGGACCGUCCUAAAUCACCCACGACAAAUUCGCUUCCGCUGGGUCAAUUUUCUAACCGUGAGACUGAUGUGCUCUUACGGAGCUACGGAGACAAUGGUGACGAGACUCUCCAACUACGCGCGGAAGACUAUGCGGCAAGGGAAGAUGAUCUCCAUCCAGUCCUGGACCGCCUCAAGUCGCCUCAUGCCAAUGCUGGUGUUGUCAUGUUCCCCAUGUCGGUUGCGGCAUUGGAAGUCGAUAGCUGUACUGAUUCCAUCUCGAGCGAGGAGCCCCCCGACAGCAGCGUCAGUAUCGUUUCAAAUUGGCUCUCGCAUUACUUCACCGCUUCCUGGUGGUCGGCUGUACGAUUUGCAUUUGAGCACUACCUUGACAACACAUUCUCGUACGUAGACAUCAAGAGAUACAUGACAGAUGUAUGGUCCAGGGAGGUCGGCCUUCCGAUGGCCAACAAGCCCUAUGGAUCAGAGUGGAAGAGUGCGUAUACAUAUUGGUUGCCAGGAACGGGGGACUCAUCUCCACCGCCAGUUAAUCCACCGGCACGGAGUCAUAUCUUCCACAGUCGUCCGCCGAAGCGACGACAUAGCUCGGGUGAUUCUAGGACCUUGAGACUGAAGACCCAUGUAGUUCAUAGUAAUCGUCCCAACACACAAUGA